AUGGAGCAGCAGCUUCAGCAACUGGCAGCGGAGCUCAGGCAGCUCCGGCAGGAGAACGCGCAGCUGGCAGACACGGUGAGGGUGCAGCAGCAGACGCUGGAGGUCGUGGAGAGACUCAUUCGUGCUCUUGACGAGCAGACGCGCACCUUCGCUGCCAGGAGCCGGCCGAGCCUGGUUGACAGCAAGGGCGUCGGCAGACCAGCUGCUUUCAACAACGACGAAGCUCGAUUCCCAGAGUGGGCCAAGAAGACAGAGGACUAUCUUCUUGGAGUCGAGCCGGCCUUGGAACAGGCCCUUGAGUGGGCGCUCGACCAGGACGAGGAGAUCACAGCACAGCGGGUGCUGGAAUCUUUCGGACCAGGGAGCGAUCAUGUCAUAGACGGCGUCGUUGGACUCAAUUUGCAGGUGAAGACGGUCUUGAGCAACCUCACAGAAGGUGAAGGUUGGACCAUCGUACAGAACGCUGACAAGAACGGCCUAGAGGCGUGGAGGCGCCUGCACAGACGCUUCGACUCCCUGACUGGGGGGCGGCGCAGGAGCCUCUUACGAGCCAUCCUGGCGCCGACCAGAGUCAAGAUGGACGAGCUCGGCUCGGCCUUGCAGACCUGGGAGGAGAUGGUGAGCCGUUACAACAAGAAGUCGUUGAAGCUUGGCGAACCGGCCAUUGCUGACGACUUCCUGUGCUCAGCGUUGGAAGCCUUAGUGCCAGACGAUUUGGAGAAGCACCUGCAACUGAACGCAUCACGCCUCAAGAAGUACAACGACAUGAGGCAAGAGGUGAUGACGUACUACGAAACACGCACGGGCAAGCUGGUCAAGGUGACGCUGAGGGACCGCAUGCCGCAGCACGGACAGCAGAAGUUCGAGGGCUACUGCGACAACUGCGGCAAGUACGGCCACAAGAAGAAGGGAGGAUUGGAUAUGGGUGCCAUCGAGAUCGCUGCCGUGAGCACGACCGACGGUUCCGAGUAUGUCCGUUUCAACCUGGACAGCGGGGCUGCAGCGACGGCCUACCCUAGGGAGUGGUUCGCGGGUAGCUCCGCACCGAUUCCCUCUCCAGAUCACUCUGGACACAUAACGGCGUCCGGAGAGCGCAUCCAGGACUACGGAGGCGUUCGUCUGCACUGCAAGGACGAGAACGAUGCCCGAAGGUGCAUCACUGGUAGGAGGAGCGACGUGCGCAAGAUAUUGGCAUCAGCGUCCCAAGUGUGCGAGAAGGGACGCCAGCUGAUAUGGUUAAGCGCAGACGGGGGGUACGUGAUCCCCAAGGACGGCCGCAUCGGGAAGAUGCUGCAGAAGGAGCUCGAUCGCCUGGUGAGGCGUUUCGGCGACGACUCGCUCCUGCCAGUGUACCAAGAGAGGGGCGUCUACAACUUCUACAUGAAGGAGGACCCGGAAACAGCUGAUCCUGUUGUGUGCUCUGACUACGGCUACCUGGCCGACGACGGCAGUGAGGACACAGCGUUGCCGAUGCUGGUGAUAAGGGAUCGCCGUACCAAGGGGUAUGCGGCGACGGCAGUGCCCCAGAAGGGAGUGCACCCGUACCCUGUGAAGUUCUUCGCGGGCUACUUGAAGGAGCUCGGUUGGAAGAGGUACGUGAGCCGGUCAGACGGCGAACGCAGCCUUGUAGCCUUGAAGCAGGCUGUGGCUGACCAGAUGCAGGCAGUAGAGACUGUCAUGCAGGAGUCUCCUGUAGGAGACCACGCAGCGAACGGUGAGGCUGAGAACGCGGUCAAGGAGGUGAAACGCAUUGUGCGUGCGCAGAAGGAGACGUUCGAGGAGAGGCGCGCCACCCAUGCCGCCGGCGGCAGCACAGGCGCCGCCACCGCCUGGCGACGAGCGGCCUCGCGGAAGGUGCAGCGGAAGCGGGUGGCUCCGCUCCGGCUGCGUCGUCAGGGUCUGGAGGCCCGGCUCCAGCGACAGGGGCCAGUGCUGCGUCUGCGGAGGUACCAGGCGCCGCGGCUGCGGGAGGUUGACCUCUCGGCGGAGGAGCUGGAGGAUAUCACCCAUCUAGGCUUGCAGCUGGGAGCCGUGGAUGUCCGUGAAGAGUGCCCGCCUCCGUGCCAUGUUGCGCUUUCGUGCCACUUGGGCUUGAGACCUGGGGUGAGCGCAGACAUGCAGGCAGAGAGACCGAAUGGGGGGCACUGGGACUUCAGGAAGGAGGAGGACAGGAAGGAGUGGUACGACACGCUGGAGCGCGAGGAUCCGUACAUCCUCAUCGGAUCACCUCCUUCCACGGCCCUUGCAGAGCUGCAGGGUGCAUCCCGGCUCAGGCGGGACCCGGAGAAGGCCCUUCAAGAGCAAGAUCUUGCAGAACGUCAUCUUGAGGUGGCUUGUGAGAGCUACCGGAGGCAGAUGGCUCGGGGCAGGUACUUCGUGCACGAGCACCCCCACGAAGACAGCAGCUGGGACUCGACUGUCGUCCAGGAGCUGCUGGGGCAGAACGCCGUGGAAAGGGUCAGAGGAGCUAUGUGCAAGUGGGGCGCGAAGCCUGGUGCACAAGAUCAGCCCCCUUCUGGCAUGCAAGGGUUUAUCCGGAGGCGAAACGGAUUCAUGACCAACUUGCCAGAGCUUGCGCUGGAGCUCAAGAAGGGGUGCCCCGGCGACGCGGGGCCAGAGCAGCACCAACAUGUGAUGCUGACAGGUGGUGUAGCUCGCAAGCCACAGGCGCAUCCUCCGAUGCUGGCGCGGUGCGUCCUACGAGCAGUAAAAGAAUCCAUGAAGAAGGAUGGAUCCCUCUCUGGCCUGGCGGCGGCUACGGCCGGUCCAGUGCCUACAGAGCCCGACGCCUACGAGCAGGGCAGAUCGUUGUUGGAGGAGAGCGGGAGGUACUGGGACGACGUCAACGGAGCAGUGCUCAAGCAGGACGGGCACGAGGCAGGGAAGGCGAACCCGGCCCUGUUCUACAAGAAGGUCGACGACUGUCGGUCUUUAGUGCACGGAGACGACUUCUGCGCCAUGGGCGACGACGACGCCCUGGACCAGAUCGAGCACACUUUGCGGAAGAAAUACGACUUGAAGGUGACAGGUCGUUUCACGCUCGGUUCUGGAGAGGAGCAGGAGGUUGUUUUCUUAAACAGGAUUUUACGUGUCACAGGAAGCCCAGGGGAGGAGCGUUUCGAGGUCGAAGCAGAUCCGCGGCACGCAGAGAUGAUAGUUCGCGACAUGGGCCUCGAAAAGGAAUCCGCUAAGACACUAGAUGUUCCUGGGCUGAAGAAGGAGGAGGCCGAAGCGGAGGAGCGGUUAGCCUCGCCCCCGCUUGUCGGCGACGACAUCCGGUUGUACCGCAGUGUGACCAUGCGAGCAUCAUACUUAGCACCAGAUCGGGCUGACAUUGGAGAUGCAGUAAAGAAUCUGGCUAAGCACAUGCAGAGCCCGAAGCAGGUCGACAUGGCCAGGCUCAAGAGGCUGGCAAGAUACCUGAAAGGAAGACCCCGGGUGGUGCAGGUUCUCCGCAGGAACAAGCACAUCGACAGGGGUAGUCCUUUGCCCAUCCUGGUCAUGGUGGACAGCGACAACGCUGGCGACAAGAUCAGCCGACGGUCUACUGUCGGGCAGGUCGUUUUCGUCGGCGGCCAGGUGGUGAAGCACGCUUGCAACCUGUUGCAGGUGGUAGGACUUUCCUCCGGAGAGAACGAGUACUACGCCAUCAGCGCCGGCGCCUGCACCGGAUUAGGCAUCCAAGGCUUGUUGGAGGACUGGCAGGUCCCAUCUAAAGUCAAGGUGGUGUCGGACUCUUCCGCGGCGCGCGGCUUUGCUUCGCGCCGGGGCGUUGGGAAGCUCAAGCAUGUUCAGACCCGCUACUUGUGGGUGCAGGAGAGGAUCGUCAUGCAGCACCUGGAAUUGGGCAAGAUCGGUACGGCCGAGAACCGGAGCGACCUAUUGACUAAGCCAUUGGGUCGUAAGGAGAUCGACGUCCACAUGAAGGGUAUCAACCAGGAGUACAGGAGCGGCAGACCG